CAUCUCUAUUAUAUUCAUUCGUUUCCAGCUCCCCUUUCUCUGGUUUUGUAUCUGAAAUGGCGAGUCUUCAAUCCUUUUCAGUGUUGACCAAAUUUAAAGGAGAAUCAUUAAACCUGCGACGAUCAAAUUGUGCCAUUCGAAGACAAAGUUAUCGUUUUAAUAUUGUAGGGAUGAUAAAGACAAAGAUUCAAUUCAUUCAAGGAAUCGAUGAGAUUACAAUUCCAGAUGUUAAGCUUACAAAAUCGAGAGAUGGUUCUAAUGGGAAGGCAAUAUUUAGAUUUGUGCAGCCUUCGAUUUUCGAUUCAUUUAGCGAUUUGAGCGAAAUUACUGGAUUCUUCAUGACCGAUGAAGAAGGUCUUCUUCAGUCAGUCGAUGUAAGUGCUAAAUUUGUCAAUGGGAAACCAUUUGCGAUUGAAGCAAAGUAUAUUAUGAAAACUCCUAGAGAUUGGGAUAGAUUUAUCAGAUUUAUGGAGAGGUAUUCUAAAGAUAAUGGCCUACAAUUCAUAAAGAGUUGAAUUAAAUCGAAUUGUUACUUUUGUAAUA